AUGAAGUCUCAUGAGAGCUCAAUGCUAAUGACGACGACGACGACGACGACGACGACGGACGACGACGUGCGCGGCCGAGUGCACCCGGAAGAGCUCCUGUUGGAGGCGUACGACCUACAAUGGGAAGUGGUUGAGUUGCGGUGUCAGCGGCUUGAGAAAACGUGGCAGCAUUUCCUUCUGACGGAAAAGAUGGAGCGAGAGGAAUUACAGUACAAUUGUCAAUUACGUCGACUUGAGUGCGAGAAGAAGGAGAGAAAAAAGAAGCACAAGGAAGAGAAGAAGAGGAAGCAAGAAGAGGCACGUGAGAAAGCUGAACGUGCGCGUGAGGAGGCCCUGCGUUGUAAAUGGGAAAAAGAGCGAGCAAAAGUGGAAAGGAAGAAGAAAGUGACAGGGCGCGGCACGCAGACGGACGAAAGUGCGUUAAAAUUGACGAAGAAGAGCAAGGAAAAGAGCAGAACAAAUUUGAAGGGGCUAACGAGUGGGGCGACGCAGGAAAAGCAAGAGCAUCAAAAGACGAAAGGAAAGAGAAUCGCACCAGUUCGUGUACGAGUGACAAGACCAGACGAUGAAGAGGUUGUCACUGAGAAGGAAAAGAAGACCACGAGUGCAGUCAGUGCGUACGAUAGUCCACCGCCAGAGCUCCCUGACAACGGUCUGCUGAAUCUGUUAUCGAUGCUCAAAGAUAGCAGUGACUCGGAUGUCGAUAAUGAGCCAUCCACAAUGAGUUUGAUCUUGCCGGGCGUCCAAGACGUUGCAGAACCACCAUUGCCGAUGAAGACGAAGGUACCAACAGCUCAGAAAAAGGUGAUGAAGAAGAAACGAAGUCCACCACUGGACUUCAACUUUACAAAGGCAGAAGCAAAGCGGCAGGCUGAAGUGGACGCAGCUGCUCGGGAUGAACAGGACGAUGAGGAUGGCGAGCCCGAGGCUGAACCGGUGCCCGCGCCGCCAGUGGUGCCUGUUAAAAAGCGUUUGAAACGCAGAAAAGAGGUUGCAAAGGAUCGCCAAAAAGCAAACUGUACUGAACCGGGAGAUGAUUCGGCGAGAACGGCCGCAACAAAGAUUGCGAUCGCUGCCAUCCCCGAGAAGGGUGCAGCAAGUGUUGAGACUACUGCCGGGUCUGUACGCAAAACGACGAUUGGAAACGGCAAGGUUGUGCGAGAUCGUGUGACCAAUUCGAAGUCAAAGAAUGCACCACUAGUAGCUGAGGUCGAGGAGUGUGUGGUCGGUCCGCUACAAAAGAGGAAGACCGCUGGUAAAACGGAGAUGAUGUCGAUCAAGGAUCGGCUAGCAAACGCUGAGCUUCUCGCUCAAAUGAGCAAGAGACAAGAUAUAAGCACACCGAAAGUUUUGGGGAAAAACAUGAAGAACGCACAAAAGCAAGGAGCGGCAAAGUCGCUGGCAGCGAAGAAGCAGGCGGAAAUGGGAGAAGCGUUGUCGGAUGAUACAGCAGACGCGGACGUGCCUCGAUCAGAUCAAAUAAUUGCCGAAGAAGAUUUGAACAUUAGUCUGAACAGCAGCGGACUGAUGAGCGACAAUGACUCGCCCGAAAACCUGCGUGCACCGACGCGGAAACGACAGCGGGAAGCGAAGCAAGUGGAUGUGACCCCCACGAAGAAGCUGCAGUUUCUUGAGAUCACGAAACGUUUGGCCAAGUCACCAAUGCCACGACUGCUGCGGACUCCCACCCCUCUCAUGUCACCAGUAGGUCCAUCAGUUCUCAUGAAGCCGAAAGCUGUAUCACCAGGCCCACGCACUGCAAGCGCACGUAAUGCGUCAACAAGAAAUGAAGGGGCGCGUCGCAUGAACUCAGCUCCCGUUGGACCAAAGAGGGCUUCCAAUGCAAACCAUUUUGGUGUGCCAAACCGAUUUGCAGGCGGUGCUGGUGUCGCUGCGGGCGUUGGCAGUUUCUCAAUGUUCGACGCGUUUGUGAACAGUGGCAGCAACGGAUCGAUUCCACGGCUUAAGCUGAAAACUCGGGGCGGUGUCUCGCCAUCGCUAUAA